UUCCUAAUUGAACUGACUUCUUGCUACUUCCAAGCAUUUUAUUUGUGGUUUAAUUAGGAAACCUUGCAGUGCUGGAAGAAGAAUUACGGUUGUGAGAAUUGUUGGAAGUAGGUAAAUCAUGAACGACUGUGACUGGACUUCGGAGGAGAGUGACGACUCUGAUGCACUCUCACCACUGCAGCCAUUAGUAAUAUGGUCAAGCAGAAGGUCAACCGCGUGUCCUCCACCGCCAACUGCACUAUCUUAUAGUACACCGUACUCAGCUCUUCACCACGGAUACCCCAAUAGUUGUAAUCAAGUAGCCACAUCGGAAUUCUCCUCUUCCCAUUUUUCUCUUCAAAAUACCUCAUUCAACCCUUGGAAAUCACGAACAUCUUGCGCCGGUGUUCCUCAAGAUCAUGUUCCCAAGGAUAUGGUGACAGAUAAAAUCAGGGACCCUCGACCAGAAAUCCAGAGGAACAAGGAUACAAAGACCAGUGAUGCUUCAAAUGCAGCUGUCGAAAACCCAUGUUUGGAUUCCUUGACAUCGGCAAUGGACAAGGAUCAAAUUUCGCAAGGUAACAGUACCCCAACCGUUAACUACUAUCGCGAACCCGUUUCAGAUCACUACACAGGCUACGAGGAAGAAGCGUUUCACAUUGAAUAUGGCAAGAUCUACAGCAAAUCUGCUGGUAUGACCGUUCACGCAAGGCUUGUACACAACUUUGGCCAAUUUCCAGUGUCUUCUCCAGUGGCUAGCGUACCCACGGAUUCCGAUCAUUACGAUCUUGAAAAGAUCAACACUCAUCACAACUCUGAGCUGUGUUCUGAGAUAGCUUGUCAACUUCAAUCUGACUUUCCGGAACCAGAAGAUACACUCUGCGAAGAAAGUGAAAAGUCACUUGAUCGCCAGCCCCAUAGGCUUGAUCGCGAACAUUCACAUCCUGGAGAAAAGCAAUAUAGAUGUAAGCAGUGCGAUAAAUCUGUUUCUACUCCGUCUUGCCUAACUUCUCAUCAAUGUACACAUCCAGAAGAGAAAUCGUUCAAGUGUAACGUGUGUGACAAAAUGUUCACCACGCAACAUAAUCUUACCCAACAUGCACGACUUCACUCAGUAUGCAAAGCGUUUCCGUGCAAGUACUGCGCAAAGCCGUUCAGUGACAAACAUGGCCUACAUGUUCAUGAACGUAUCCAUAACGGGGAGAAGCCGUUCAGGUGUGGUUCCUGUGAUCGAAUGUUUCGCCGUAAUACCAAUCUUAGAGUUCAUGAACGUAGCCAUACUGGAGAGAGACCAUAUAAGUGCAAAUCGUGCGAGAAGUCAUUCACGACAAAAUCAAAGCUCACCGUGCAUCGACGCAUCCAUACUGGAGAGAGACCAUACAAGUGUAAAUCAUGCGAGAAGUCAUGCACGACGAAAUCAGAUCUCACCCGGCAUCGACGCAUCCAUACUGGAGAGAGACCACACAAGUGUAACUGGUGUGACAAGUCAUUCACGACGAAAUCACAUCUCACAGUGCAUCAACGCAUCCAUACUGGAGAGAAACCAUACAAGUGUAAAGUAUGUGGCAUGGCAUUUCGGGAAAUGUCAACUCUCAAAUAUCAUCAACGAAUCCAUACUGGAGAGAAACCAUUUUCGUGUAAGGAAUGUGGAAAGUCUUUCACUAAGAAAUCCAGCCUAACACGUCAUGAGAGGAUCCAUCCCGGAGAGAACCUGAUCAAGUACAAGUGA